UGAUCGCCAUUAUAAGUGAAAAUAAAUAAUAACAAGAGUUAUAAGAAAAAAAAAAAUCUUGAAAGAAACAAUUUAUGAAAACAAAAAACUUUAUAUAAGAGAAGAAAAAAACAAUCAAAAUGCAUAACAUUGAGGAUAUGUUAGUGGAAAAGAAUUACAGCAAGUGCCCCUUGAAAAAACGGCCGGUGCAUUAUCACUUCGAUGAAGAAGAGGAUACAGCCAUCAUGGAUAACCCGAAGAAAAUUCUCAAAUUGGAUAAUGAGGAACCUGAGAAUUUAAGCUUGAAAAAAGAGUCCAGCAGCAACAGUUCCAGUGAUAUCAGCAGUGCCACCAAACAGAUUUCAUCGUCGUCCUCCUCCUCCUCCCUAGCCGAAGAAGAUGAGAUGAUCAAUGUCAGCGAUUGCUGUGAGGAUGAGGGCGUUGAUGUCGAUCACACCGAUGAUGACAGCAUGUGCGGUGAUGAUGAGGAUGAAAUGAUCGAUUGUGUGGAUGUGGAGGAUAAUCAUGAUGCGGAGGCUAAUACCACACAGGCAGCAGCUUUGGCUGCAGCAGCCGCAGUUGCUGCGGCUUCAGCAGCGGCUGCCGUAGUGGUGCCUACACCCACUUAUCCCAAGUAUGGCAUACAGCCAUGGAAUUUCCAUAUGUCACCGUAUACCGCCGAGUUCUAUCGCACCAUCAACAAUCCUCAUUUGGCGCAACAAAUUUCACCGUUACGCGGAGAACUUUUAUCACCAAGUUCACCUUCCGAUUCCAUAGGGUCGUUAUCACCACCUCCACCACACCAUUACAUGUCGGGACGUUCCAGUUCAGUCUCACCACCCAUGCGCACCGAUGUCAUUCACCGACCCAUUGGGGUAAGACAAAUGCCACCACAAUCACCCUCGCAUAAUCAUCAUGGUCAGCAUCGUUUUAUGCCUUAUCCGCUGCCAGCCUAUCACCCACACCAUCAGACACCAGCCUCCUAUGCCUUGGGCUAUGCACCGCACCAUGCACCCAUAUCACCAGCCUAUUCGGAGUCCUCUUACUAUUCAAUGCGCUCAUUGACACCUGAAUCUUUGGCCUCGCCGGUUCCUGAAGAUUUGUCACUGAAACCAGCUCAACACAACAGUGCCAAAACUCCUCUGAAAUCCAUUUACAUAAAAAGCGAAAACAUCGAAACCUCCUCGAAUGCCUCCUCUUGCACCUCUACAUCUUUGAAAUCUUCAGCGACCACGAACACUUCGUCUGUUGGCUCAGCACCCGUCAAGAAAGAAAAAUCUGGUCCACCCCGCUAUCAGUGUCCGGAUUGUCAAAAGUCCUAUUCCACCUUUUCCGGCCUGACGAAACAUCAACAGUUCCAUUGUCCUGCGGCGGAGGGCAACCAGGUCAAGAAGUCCUUUAGCUGCAAGGAUUGUGACAAAACCUAUGUCUCUUUGGGAGCCUUGAAGAUGCACAUACGCACCCAUACCCUACCCUGCAAAUGCAACAUCUGCGGCAAAGCCUUUUCACGGCCGUGGCUGUUGCAGGGCCACAUAAGAACCCAUACGGGCGAGAAGCCCUUCAGCUGCCAACAUUGCCAUCGUGCCUUUGCCGAUCGCUCCAAUCUGAGGGCGCAUUUGCAAACACACUCAGAUAUUAAGAAAUAUUCCUGCACCAACUGUUCGAAAACCUUCUCCCGCAUGUCCUUGCUCACCAAACACUCCGAAGGCGGUUGCCAAGGUUCGCCUAGUGGCGGCAGCAGCAGCAAUAACACCACUAAUAACAGCACCGACCUGGCUGGGUAUCCCGUCUAUGGCGAACACUGAAGACGCCUGAAAACACUUUGAAACCGCCAAACUUUCGAAUAUCUCGUUUGCCAUACUCACCUACAACAAAAGAUAAAGAACCACCAAAAAUUAGUUCCUAAACAACAAACAAACAAGAAAUGCACUUUCUUGCAACUAUUUUCCCAAAACAAAAAUUCGCCCACAGUCUCGAAAAGAAAUGAACCUGGUGUUUUAUUUUCGCCCCCAAAGUUUUCUCAAAAAUCACAAAAGAAAGAAGGCUGAGCCUUUAUUGCUUAACAUUUACUUAUUUUUUCACUAUAAAAUCUCUAGUCAGCUUCUUGAAACGUUUUUUUCUGAAUUUUCUUUAAAAAAAAAUGCAUUUAUAACUCAACUUUUCUUUAACUAAUGUUUUUGUUUUUGUAGAGAGUGCCUGUACAAAUGUAUAAAUUUUUUAUGUUUUGUAAAUAUUUUGUAAAUUUUUUUUUUAAAUACUUCUUUAUAAGUUUUUUUUUCGAGCAAAACCCCAGACAGAAGACAAUGAAAAUUUAAAUUAAUUUCUAAGAGGAAGACAACAAAAAUAUGUAUUUUUUUA